CUGAGGACAGCCAUUUCUCUUCUCAGAAAAACACUGAAGAUAGCUGGAUUGUGCGUCGUGCAGAAACAGUUUGAACUGUCUAGUGUUGAAGUGAAAUAUACUCCAAGCAGAAGUACUAUUCACGGACUGCCAUCCGCCGUCUACAAACUUUCUCCCAAAUCUCCACCUGCGCAGUGAAGGACAGCGUUGCUUACCCGUGUGGCUCAUGUUAUGCAUUAACGUAAGACAUGGAGACUGCACAGGGGAGCAGCAACGACGACGUAGCUUCGACAGCGAACUUGGUCCUCGAUGAGGAGGAGGACGUGAAGCCAUUUGCAGCAGCCGUGAGCAGCCAGGAUCCGCCUGCGCCCCGCGGCGUGAGCGCGAGCACAGAAGGAGGGGGAGGAGGGCAAUCUGCAGAGGAGCAACACGGCGCCUCGGCCAGCACGCCCGUGCUGCUGUACCCCGUGAACACAGAACGCUUCUUCACCACAGCCGCAGAUGGGAAGACUUACCUUAAGAUUGCACCAGCUGCUGGGAUGUCCUCUGGUCCCUCAGAAAAGCCCCUGCCCUCCGGCUCAGACUUCUCGUCCAAAGCCGUGCUGUGUUUGAUUGAGGCGGUGGGUCGGCGCUGGGGGUUGUACGACACUCGGGAACGCUCACAACUUUUCCAGAGUGUCCAGGAGGAAAUGGCCUCUAAAGGACACGUACUUCCUGUAGAAAAGAUCCGCCGCAAAUGGAACAACCUUAUUGUCACCUACAAGAGGGUUAAGGACCGCAGCAGGGAGACAGGUCACGCCAAGACAUCAUGGGAGUUUUUUGAUCUGAUGGAUGCCACUCUUUCUGACACCGUGGGCUCACAGAUCAACAACAACAAACGAAGCAAACCAUCCAACCCUGCCUGCCCUCCGCCUGGCCCUGUGACCAAGAUCGUCGUCAAACCCCACCUUCCCCAGACCACCUCCCUCCUCCAGCCCAGCAGCACCACACGAACCCCCGACAGCAAACCUUCAUCAUCCUCUGUUUCCUCUGUUACCACGGUGACCAUCAGCCCCAACAGCACCACAGACAUUAAGCCCUUAAUUUUCCUCAACGGUGAUAUCGUUGCGAGCGGUCUCCAGUCCACUACCACCAGCGCAUCCUCCUCUUCCAAUAAAGCAUCUACGGUCUCAACGUCGUCCGGUAACAUAGACCUCAGCAAGGCCCGCUUCGUCACCCGCAAAACCCCCAACUUCUCCUCCAGCAUCCUACCGUUUCGUCUCAGCAGCACACAGUUAAGCAAAAACAUCUCCAGCUUGUCCUCUUCCAACUCUUGUCUCUCGUCGUCCACCUCCAUCUCACUGGCACCCUCGUCUGGAGCUGAAAACAAAGGCAGCGAGGAGCAAUCUGCCACGGCUUUGGUCAGGGAGGUUCUGAAGAGGCAGGAGGAGCAGGCCUACUUGGACCGGGUGGCACGACGCAGAACGGAGGUGAGGGAGAAGAGGAGAGAGAGGAGGGAGCAGAGGAUGGUAGAGUCUCUAGGCAGAGUGGCCACGGCCCUGGAGCUGCUGUCAUCCAAGCAGGACACAGUUAUAGCGCUGUUACAAAGACUAGCGGACAAAAAGUGAUGAGGGACACUUUCUGUUGUGUUUGUACGGUGGUGUUGUGGAAAAUGUGCAAUGAGAAAUUGUCCAUGGACUUUUCAUUUUAGUUUUUAAUUUAACUGAUAUAUCAUUAACUGACGUGAAUAGCCGCACUACUUUUUAUGACUGAUUUACUGUAAUAAUUUGUAUUAAAUACAAAUUAAAUUUGUGCUAAAUGUCAUUAAACAUUUUUUUGUAAAAUA